AUGUUCGACCGCUCUGUGAGUUUCGCAUCACCAACAGGAACGUUCCUGUGGACUCUCAAAAAUCAACCUCGGGUUUGCAACAUAGGCGCCAGAACUGACCGGUAUACACGCAUCCUGGGCAGAAGCACAACAGCCAGUACCAGUGGACGCUGGCUACGCGCGCAUUCACGUCGACUAGCUGUUGGGGGCGUUUUCUCCACAUCAAUGGCGAGCGCCGACGAUCUCAAGAAACAGGUCGGGUACAAGGCAGUCGAUGACUACGUUCGCUCGGGCAUGGUGGUUGGUCUAGGUACAGGCUCCACUGCUGCUUUUGCGGUCGAGCGGCUAGGUCAGAAACUCGCCGCUGGAGCACUGCGCGACAUCCGCUGCGUACCAACCUCGGUGCGCACCGAGGAGCAAGCGCGAUCUUUGAAUAUCCCUUUGACCACCUUGGACGAGGAUGCAGAACUCGAUGUUGCCAUAGACGGAGCGGAUGAGGUUGACUCGGCACUGAACCUGGUGAAAGGACGCGGUGGUGCUCUAUUGCGGGAAAAAAUGGUCGAAGUCUGCGCCAAACAGUUCAUUGUUAUUGUUGAUGAGAGCAAGCUUGUACCGGGUCUUGGCGUCAGCGGAGCCAUGCCUGUGGAAGUCACACCUUUCUGUUGGCAGCAUACCAUGCGGAAAAUUGCCGCGCUUCCUGCCCUGGCAGGCUGCCGCGCUGAGGCACGUCGCGAUGCCGCUGGUGCCCUGUACGUCACUGACAACGGGAACUAUAUUGUGGAUCUGUAUUUCGAGAAGCCCAUUGCCGAUGCCUACCAGGCAGCACAAGCGCUGCGCGACACAGUAGGCGUUGUCGAGCAUGGACUAUUUCUCGACAUGGCCUCUGUGGUCAUUGUCGCAGGGGCACAAGGGGUUUACGAAAAGCACCGCUAG